AUUCCGACCCUUUACCCCAUUUCCACGUGUCGACUGUAUGAAACGUGACUGUAUCGUAUUACAUUAUAAGUUAGCUAGUCAUGGUGGAUGAAGCUACUAAGAAGACUCUAGCCUCCAUUCCUCUGUUGAGGACCAAGGCCAGCCCCAGGGAUGGGGAUGAGUGGGCCACCAGGCUCAAGGAAGAGUACAUGAGCUUGAUUAAGUAUGUGAGCAAUAACAAGGAAGCAGACAAUGAUUGGUUCAGAUUAGAAUCAAACAAGAACGGGACAAGGUGGUUUGGGAAAUGCUGGUGCAUUCAUAACCUACUCAAGUAUGAGUUUGAUGUGGAGUUUGAUAUUCCAGUGACAUACCCUGCAACUGCUCCAGAGAUAGCACUGCCUGAACUGGACGGAAAGACAGCCAAAAUGUUCCGAGGCGGUAAGAUUUGUUUAACGGAUCACUUUAAGCCAUUGUGGGCUCGGAAUAUACCAAAGUUUGGAAUUGCUCAUGCUAUGGCGUUGGGACUUGGACCGUGGUUAGCUGUUGAGAUUCCUGAUCUGAUAGAAAAAGGUAUAAUUUCACACAAAGAUAAAAAGGACACUCAAGAACAAUAACAUUAACAAAUUUUAUAAAUUCUUGUGUUUCAUUCAGUAGUUUAGUAAAUAGAUGUGCUUAUCAUAACAGUGUUGGUUUGUUUUUAUUGUCAAUGAAAGUGAAAAUGUAUAAUUUAAAAACAAA